AUGACUACAUCCAAAGAUAAUGAACCAAGAGAAUAUAAACUAGCAAGUGAUAAUGAAUUAAGAUUUGUCGUUGGUCCUGAAGAAGUGACAGUUGAAUUACUAGAUGGGAGGGCAGAACUUUUUGGAACUGAGUUGAUAAGGAACAAACGGUAUACAUUUCCCCCAGGACGUGUAAUAGCAAUAUAUGCAUAUGAUUUUGCAACAAUUGAAUUAGUUGGAGGUGAUGAAUCUACCUAUGUUUCUGAUAAUACACCUAUGCGUUCAUAUCUUCAAAUUCAUACAUAUCUUGAAAAACAAAGAGAAAAAGCAUAUCAAAAUUUAAAAUCAAAACGACAAAAACUAGGUAAACAAAAAAGAGGACCAAGACUUUUAAUUGCUGGUUCAAUGGAUGUUGGUAAAAGUACAAUUGCAAGAAUUCUUUGUAAUUAUGCUGUUAGAAGUUGUCGGACUCCAAUAUAUGUUGAUAUAGAUGUUGGACAGGGAUCUAUAUCAGUUCCCGGAACAGUUGGUGCUUUAUUUCUUGAAAAGACAGCUGAUGUGAUAACAGGAUAUGACACAAAAUCGUCAUUAACUUUACAUUAUGGUUACUCAACUCCAAGUGCUAAUUUUGAUCUUUAUUUAUCAUGUCUAAAAACAUUAGCUGAUUAUGUACAUAAAAAAAGUAUGUCAACAGAUGAAAUAAAUGCCAGUGGAAUAAUUAUAAAUACAUGUGGAUGGGUAGAUAAACAAGGAUAUGAAUCUUUAACAAAAGCUGCUGAAGAAUUUGAGGUUGAUACUGUAGUAAUUAUAGAACAUGAGAGAUUAUAUCAUAGUUUAAAAAAAGAUCUUCCAUCACUAGUAACUGUACAUAAGGUUUCAAAAUCAAGUGGAAUAGAACCUAGAACUCGUGAUAUGAGAGCUGCAGCAAGAACUAAUGCUAUACAUAAUUAUUUUUAUGGUGAUUAUACACAUAAAUUAUGUCCACAUUCUUUUCCGUUAACUUUUGAUAGUGUUAUUGUAGCAAAAAUUGGUGCUGAAGCUCUUCCAGAUUCAUGUUUACCUUUUGGUAUGAAACUAGAAAAUUGUAAAACAAAAGUUGUCAAAAUGAAUAUUACACCUGAUAUUAAAGAUCAUCUUUUGGCUGUAAUGCCACCUGGUUCAAUUCUUGAUCAAUCUCUUUUAACUACUCCAUGUGUUGGAUAUGUUGUUAUUACCAACGUUGAUAUGGAUAAUAAAGUUAUUCAUGUUUUAUCACCACAACCUUCUCCUUUACCCUGUAACAUUUUACUAUUUUCUGAUGUUACUUUCAUUGAUGACAAUAACAUUGUGUAA